GCCCCGCUCUGCCAGCAUGUCUUCGACGGAGGGCUCGAGUCGCGCGGCGGACAAGUCGCCGCGCCAGCAGGUGGACCGCCUGCUGGUGGGGUUGCGCUGGCGGCGGCUGGAGGAGCCGCUAGGCUUCAUCAAAGUUCUCCAGUGGCUCUUUGCUAUUUUCGCCUUCGGGUCCUGCGGCUCCUACAGCGGGGAGACAGGAGCGACAGUUCGCUGCAACAACGAAGCCAAGGAUGUGAGCUCCAUCAUUGUUUUGUUCGGCUAUCCCUUCAGGUUGAACCGGGUCCAGUAUGAGAUGCCCCUCUGUGAUGAUGACUCCACCUCCAAGACCAUGCACCUGAUGGGGGAUUUCUCUGCUCCUGCCGAGUUCUUUGUGACCCUGGGCAUCUUCUCCUUCUUCUACACCAUGGCUGCGCUAGUCCUCUACCUGCGCUUCCACAACCUCUACACAGAGAACAAGCGCUUCCCACUGGUGGACUUCUGUGUGACUGUCUCCUUCACCUUCUUCUGGCUGGUAGCUGCGGCCGCCUGGGGCAAGGGCUUGACGGACAUCAAGGGGGCUACGCGGCCAUCCAGCCUGACCGCAGCCAUGUCUGUGUGCCACGGAGAGGAAGCAGUGUGCAGUGCUGGGGCCACGCCCUCGAUGGGACUGGCCAACAUCUCUGUGCUCUUCGGCUUCAUCAACUUUUUCCUGUGGGCUGGGAACUGUUGGUUUGUGUUCAAGGAGACCCCAUGGCACGGGCAGGGCCAGGACCAGGGCCAGGACCAGGGCCAGGGCCCUAGCCAGGAGAGCACAGCGGAGCAGGGAGCAGUGGAGAAGCAGUAAGCAGCCCCUACCUGGCUACUCCCGAACAGGACAGCACCUCUUCAACCACCUCCGGCUUCCAGGACCUCCCUCUUCUUCCUUCUCCAACUCCCCUCCCCAGCUCAUUCUGGGCUCUGAGCUUUGAGACGACGCUAAUGGAUGGGCAGGCAUCAACUGUCAGAAACCUGGGCAGCCCUCCCAGUGGCUUCCUAUCCGGCCUCUGGCUGGAGCCUCGGAUAGCAGGAGCUCAGUGCUUCUUGUCUAUUGCCUGAAACCCAGCAUCUUACUUGGGGUCUUACUUGUACCCUUGCAGCCUCUGAGAAUGAGCAUCUACUGCAAGGGGCUGGAGAGAGAGUCCUGAGACUGGUUCCUAGCAGCCACUUCUAUCAACCUGUUGGCUUCAAUAAAAGUGGGGGGAGGGGAAAUUGGCUGGCAACCUUUUUCCUGGUCCCUUGCAUGAAGGGCCCACCAGUGGUUCAGGAACUCCCUCCCCCCCAGUGGCUGUCAUCUAAGCCUUGUGUCUCCCCAAUCAGUCAGUCACCAGUCAGCCCCAACUCUCCGACUUUUCCCUCUGGCCUCUGCUCACCCACACAGCCUACCGCGUGGGAAGCCAGGAGGCCAACUAGCCUAGAAAAACGCUCUGUAGAGGGUCCUGAUGAGGCCUGGACUUAGUGGGGAGCAGAAAUAUUGCAACUGGGUUGCAACUUCAAGACACUGAAGCCAGGACACUUGCUGGGGAAGUAUUUCUUCUGUUCCCUCUGUCCUCCCAACCCUCCAGGCUGGGGCAUUUUCUACCAAAACUACACUUGUACUUGCCCUAGAAAUCUGACCUUCCUUCCUGUCCUCCUUCUUGGGCUUAGUCCCACAUAUGGGACACAAGAUGAGGGGUCUAGGAACAUCUCCAUUUCAGUCCUCCCUGCCUCCAACCUCUCUGUCCAUCUCCCUUCCCCAGCCUCUUGGGUCUGAGGCAUUCAAGAUCCUUUUCCAUGUCUGUCUAGGCCUUCCUUUCAUUCCUGUGGGUCCAGAUAGGGACUUUGGAAGGGUCCAAAGGACCAUCUUGAGGCUAAGUUGCCCAGAGCCCCAGGACAUGGAUGGAUGGGCCCAUUUCUUCCUCAUUUCCCCCCAACCCACAAUUCCUUCUCUGGCCUCUUUUUCAUACUUCCCUAUCUCACCUUUACAAAAGGACAUGCCCUCUUGGUUUGCCCUCAUUUCCUCCUCUGCUUCCUCAUUUCUCCCAGGCUCUAUCCCUUCCCACCAGAACCCUGUCCAGGGCAGGCCAAUGCUAUUGGUGCUUCUUCACUUCGGGACCCAGUUUCAUAUUUGUCUUUGAUAUGUCUCCUCUUUCUGACACCUCCUUCAGUCCCUCUCUGGACCCCAGGGCCUAAGAGUCAAUGCUGACUGGGAAAGGGACAUUAUUUCCUACCCAACUAGAAGCAUUUCAGUCAGCCCUGGCCAUACGGCUCCUCAGAGAAGGAUGAAGAAAGAAGAAUCCAGCCAUUUUCUAAUCUGGUGCCAGUUAGCCCACUUAUCAUCCCAAAGGUGAAUGUGCCCUGUGCCAAUUUCUCCUCAGGACUGAGACAACCCCUCCAACCUUCUCA